AUGUCUUCUGACGAAAAGAACAUCCCCCAGACUUCGGGCUUCGAGGUUGAUCCCGAAGACACCCAAUUCGCUUCGCAAGCCCGCUUUCUUGGUACAAUCAACACAGCCAGAGUUAGCUUGACUGCUGUGGCCCUGCUUGCCGGCAUCACCAUUCUCGGUGUAUCAGCAGAUGCUCUUGCAGUCUACGACGCGACUCAUGUCCCAGCCAGCUACCUCCUCCCGCUCUGGCCGGACGCCUUCGACUUGAGGCCGACAGUAGCUCUCGUCGCUGGCAGCUCCAUUGUUCUUGUUGCAAAUCUUGUCUCGUUGCUUUUCAGCCGAGUCCAAUCACUGCGAGGGCAAACCCUGUAUCACAAUGCAGUGACGGUGGCCGCUCCGGCAGUUGGCCUCCUUGCCGCAAUCGUCGCCAUGUCCUUCUUCUACAGCAUAAAUGCGUCAACGACUGUGGAUACCCUUCAGAGCUGGAGCUGCCGCUGGUCUGACGUUGUAAUGAUGACGCGGCCGCACUUUGGCACGCUCUGCAAGCAAAGCAAAGCCGGUCUCUACCUCUCAAUUCUGUUGGUACCGAUCGAGGCCAUCGUCUUGGGGGCUGGUGCGUAUCAAACGAUUCUCGAGAGAAACAUCAGCAGGGCCAGCGGUGUAGUUCAAGGAAGCCGCAAAUCCGGGAGCCCGGUACCCUCAUCGGUUCGAGACGUCGAGGGAGAGGCUCACUAG